AUGACCAUGCAGUUCAUCAGUCACCGCUUCCCGGAGGAUCACGACCCCACGAUCGAGGACGCUUAUAAAAUACGAAUACGCAUCGACGACGAGCCAGCCAACCUGGAUAUCUUGGACACAGCAGGACAGGCAGAGUUUACGGCCAUGAGAGACCAGUACAUGAGGGCUGGCGAGGGAUUUAUCAUCUGUUAUUCCAUCACAGACCGGCGCAGUUUCCAUGAAGUCCGUGAGUUCAAGCAGCUCAUCUAUCGCGUUCGACGCACCGACGACACUCCAGUGGUGCUGGUGGGAAAUAAAUCCGAUCUGACACAGCUGCGGCAGGUCUCCAAAGAAGAAGGCUCUGCUCUUGCACGAGAGUUCAACUGCCCUUUUUUUGAAACGUCGGCUGCGUACCGCUACUACAUCGAUGACGUGUUCCACGCUCUGGUGCGGGAAAUCCGCAGGAAAGAAAAAGAAGCUGUGAUGGCAAUGGAAAAAAAAUCCAAGCCUAAAAGCAGCGUGUGGAAGAGACUGAAGUCACCGUUCAGAAGGAAGAAGGAUUCAGUCACCUGA